AUGGUUGUCCUCAACACAAUUACCGCCGCCAUCGUUGGCUUCUCAGCCAUCGCUUCCGCUGUACCGGUCAAGAGCCCUCGCAAGGGCUUCACUGUGAACCAAGUGUCCAAGCAAGCUUCUCGCACCCGCACCGUCAACUUGCCGGGUGCCUACGCCCAUGCUAUUGCCAAGUACGGUGGCUCCGUCCCGGAACAUGUUCACGCUGCUGCUGCUAGCGGCAGUGCCGUUACCACCCCCGAGGAUGGCGACAUUGAGUACCUCACCCCGGUCACCAUUGGCAAAACCACUCUGAACUUGGACUUCGACACUGGCUCUGCCGACCUCUGGGUCUUCUCUGAUGAGCUUUCCUCCUCGGAGCAGAGUGGCCACGACGUCUACAAGGCCCAGGACGGCAGUGGUUCCAAGAUCUCCGGUGCCAGCUGGUCUAUCUCAUACGGCGAUGGCAGCUCUGCCAGCGGUGAUGUUUACAAGGACACUGUCACCGUUGGUGGAGUCAAGGCCACUGACCAGGCCGUUGAAGCCGCCAGCAAGAUCAGCUCGCAGUUCGUGCAGGACAGGAACAACGAUGGCCUGCUGGGUCUGGCUUUCAGCUCCAUCAACACUGUCAGCCCUAAGCCGCAGACUACCUUCUUCGACACCGUCAAGGACCAGCUUGACGAGCCUUUGUUCGCCGUGACUCUCAAGCACGCCGCCCCUGGCACCUACGACUUUGGAUACAUCGACAAGUCCAAGUACUCUGGCGACCUUAUCUAUACUGAUGUUGACAGCUCCCAGGGCUUCUGGACCUUCACUGCCGAUAGCUACAAGAUUGGCUCCGGCUCUAAGGGCGAUUCUAUCACCGGUAUUGCUGAUACUGGAACCACCCUCCUCCUGGUUGACGACGAGGUUGUCUCCGCCUACUACAAGGAGGUUUCCGGCGCCAAGAACGACAACUCCGUCGGUGGUUACACUUUCGACUGCGAUGCCGACCUCCCUGACUUCACUGUGACCAUUGAGGGCUACGAUGCCGUUGUCCCCGGUGAGCACAUCAACUACGCCCCCAUCACCGAUGGCAGUUCCACCUGCUACGGUGGUAUCCAGAGCAACUCUGGCAUUGGCUUCUCCAUCUUCGGUGAUAUCUUCCUCAAGAGCCAGUACGUCGUUUUUGACGACCAAGGACCUCGCCUUGGCUUCGCCGCCCAGGCAUAA